AUGGAGUUCAACACCUCCAAAGAGGUCACAGUGGCCCCAACCUUUGAGGACAUGCACCUGAAGGAGAGUCUGCUUCGUGGAGUCUACGCUUACGGAUACGAAUCCCCCUCAGCCGUGCAAUCGCGUGCCAUUGUCCAAAUCUGCAAAGGUCGCGACACCAUCGCUCAAGCUCAGUCCGGUACUGGUAAAACCGCUACAUUCGCAAUCAGUACACUGCAAAUUAUCGAUACCGUUGUGCGGGAGACUCAGGCUCUCGUCCUGUCCCCGACUCGUGAACUCGCGACACAGAUUCAAUCCGUCGUCAUGGCCCUCGGUGACUACAUGAACGUUCAAUGCCACGCCUGUAUUGGAGGAACCAACAUCGGCGAGGAUAUCCGCAAGCUCGACUACGGCCAGCACGUUGUGUCAGGAACCCCCGGUCGUGUGGCCGAUAUGAUCCGUCGUCGCAAUCUGCGCACCCGCCACAUUAAGAUGCUUGUCCUUGAUGAAGCCGACGAGCUUUUGAACCGUGGUUUCCGCGAGCAGAUUUACGACGUUUACCGCUACCUGCCCCCCGCGACGCAGGUCGUCGUGGUCUCUGCCACUCUCCCAUACGAUGUCUUGGACAUGACUACCAAGUUCAUGACCGAUCCCGUUCGAGUUCUGGUGAAGCGUGACGAGCUGACUCUGGAGGGUAUCAAGCAAUAUUUCAUUGCUGUUGAGAAGGAGGAGUGGAAGUUCGACACACUUUGCGAUCUUUACGAUACUCUGACCAUCACACAAGCUGUCAUCUUCUGCAACACUCGCCGCAAGGUCGACUGGCUUACCGAUAAGAUGCGCGAGGCCAACUUCACUGUUUCCAGCAUGCAUGGCGAGAUGCCCCAGAAGGAACGUGACAGCAUUAUGCAAGACUUCCGCCAGGGUAGCUCUCGUGUUCUUAUUUCCACUGAUGUCUGGGCUCGUGGUAUCGAUGUGCAACAGGUGUCUCUGGUCAUCAACUACGACCUUCCCACUAACCGUGAGAACUACAUUCACCGUAUUGGUCGUAGUGGUCGUUUCGGCCGCAAGGGUGUGGCUAUCAACUUUGUUACUAGCGACGAUGUCCGCAUCCUUCGUGACAUCGAGCUGUACUACUCCACCCAGAUCGACGAGAUGCCAAUGAACGUUGCCGAUCUACUGUCAUAA